CGGUGACGGGAACGGGGUGCCGGGGGGGGGGGGGGGGGGGGCGCCGCGCACCCCGUUCGGUCUCCCUGGGCGCUUUCGGGUCCUUCCUAACCCUCCGCCCUCUUUCCAGGAGCUCCGGAGAUCCGGGUAAAAAAAAGCAACACAUCUGCCACAUCCCGGGCUGCGGCAAGGUGUACGGCAAGACCUCGCACCUGCGGGCUCACCUGCGGUGGCACACGGGCGAGCGGCCCUUCAUCUGCACCUGGAUCCUCUGCGGGAAGCGCUUCACCCGCUCCGACGAGCUGCAGCGGCACAAGCGCACGCACACGGGGGAGAAGAAAUUCGCCUGCCCGGAGUGCCCCAAGCGCUUCAUGCGCAGCGACCACCUCUCCAAGCACAUCAAGACCCACCAGAACAAGAAGGGAGGCGCGGCCAACAGCGUGCCCAUGAACGUCUCCGCCGUCCCCAUGGACACGGGGGCGGCCGCGGAGGGCAACGGCGGGCCCACCCCCUCGGCCCUCAUCGCCACCAACAUGGUGGCCAUGGAAGCCAUCUGCCCCGAGGGCAUCGCCCGCCUGGCCAGCAGCGGCAUCAACGUCAUGCAGGUGGCCGACCUCCAGUCCAUCAACAUCAGCGGCAACGGCUUCUGAGCGCCGGGCGGCGCGCGGGGCACGGAGCCCGAGC